GCGUGGCCUCUCCGGUCUCUCGCGGGCUGCGGCGCCGCCGGCUCCCUCUCGCCGCCCGCGCCGCCAGCGCCGCCCGCCCGGUCCUCGCCGCCGCAGCCAUGUCGGAGCAGGCGCGCCCCGGGCGCCAGGCGAUCAUGGAGGCGCAGGUGAUGUGGGAGCCUGACAGCAAGAGGAACACGCAGAUGACCGCUUCCCGGGCGGCCGCGGGCGCCGCCUGCGGCCUGGCGCUGGAGAGUUACGAUGCCCUGUACCACUGGUCAGUGGAGUCGUACUCAGACUUCUGGGCAGAGUUCUGGAAAUUCAGCGGCAUCGUGUUCUCGCGCACCUACGACGAGGUCGUGGACACAUCGAAAGGGAUCGCAGACGUCCCCGAGUGGUUCAGAGGCAGCCGUCUCAACUACGCAGAAAACCUCCUGCGGCAUGCGGACAACGACAGAGUCGCCCUCUAUGUGGCCAGGGAGGGCAAGGAGGAAAUCGUGAAGGUGACUUUUGAAGAGCUGAGGCAGCAGGUGGCUUUGUUCGCAGCGGCCAUGAGGAAGAUGGGCGUGAGGCAAGGGGACCGGGUGGUCGGUUACUUACCCAACGGCGAGCACGCAGUGGAGGCCAUGCUGGCCGCAGCGAGCAUUGGCGCCAUCUGGAGCUCCACGUCCCCCGACUUCGGAGUGAAUGGCGUCCUGGACCGGUUUUCUCAAAUUCAGCCGAAGCUCCUGUUCUCGGUGGAGGCCGUGGUCUACAACGGCAAGGAGCACGGCCACAUGGAGAAGCUGCAGCGGGUGGUUAAAGGACUGCCUGAUCUGAGGAAAGUGGUGGUGAUUCCUUACGUCUCCUCCCAGGAGCAAAUUGACAUUUCCAAGAUUCCAAAUAGCGUGUUUCUGGAUGGCUUCCUGGCGAGCGGGCCUGGCGAGCAAGCCCCCCAGCUGGAGUUUGAGCAGCUGCCCUUCAGCCACCCGCUGUUCAUCAUGUUCUCCUCGGGCACAACCGGGGCUCCCAAGUGCAUGGUGCACUCGGCAGGGGGCACGCUCAUCCAGCACCUGAAGGAGCACCUGCUGCACAGCGACAUGACCCACAGCGACGUCCUGCUCUACUACACCACGGUCGGCUGGAUGAUGUGGAACUGGAUGGUGUCUGCUCUGGCCACUGGAGCAUCUGUGGUCUUGUACGAUGGCUCCCCCCUCGUCCCCACACCCAACGUGUUGUGGGACCUUGUGGACAGGAUAGGCAUCACCAUCCUCGGGACAGGUGCCAAGUGGCUGUCUGUGCUGGAAGAGAAGGGCCUGAAGCCAGUGGAGACCCACAGCCUGCAGACGCUGCGCGCCAUCCUGUCCACUGGCUCCCCUCUGAAAGCCCAGAGCUACGAGUACGUCUACAAGUGCGUCAAGAGCAGCGUGCUUCUGGGCUCCAUCUCAGGUGGUACUGACAUCAUCUCCUGCUUCAUGGGCCAGAACGUGUCCGUCCCCGUGCACAGAGGCGAGGUGCAGGCCCGGAACCUGGCCAUGGCCGUGGAGGCGUGGGACGAGGAAGGAAAGGCCGUCUGGGGAGAGAGCGGGGAGCUGGUGUGUACCAGGCCCAUCCCCUGCCAGCCCACGCACUUCUGGAAGGACGACGGGGGGAGCAAGUACAGGAAGGCCUACUUCUCCAAGUUCCCAGGCGUCUGGGCGCAUGGCGACUACUGCAGAAUCAACCCCAAGACCGGGGGCAUCGUCAUGCUCGGUCGGAGCGACGGCACGCUCAACCCCAACGGAGUGCGCUUCGGCAGCUCGGAGAUCUACAACAUCGUGGAAGCCUUCGAGGAGGUGGGGGACAGCCUGUGCGUCCCCCAGUACGGCAGGGACGGCGAGGAGAGGGUGGUCCUCUUCCUGAAGAUGGCUUCUGGGCACACCUUCCGGCCCGACCUGGUGACGCGGAUCCGGGACGCCAUCCGCCUGGGCUUGUCUGCUCGCCACGUGCCCAGCCUCAUCCUGGAGACCCAGGGCAUCCCGUACACGCUCAACGGCAAGAAGGUGGAGGUGGCCGUGAAGCAGGUCCUGGCCGGCCAGGCUGUGGAGCACCGGGGGGCCCUCUCCAACCCCGAGGCCCUCGACCUGUACCGGAACAUCCCCGAGCUGCAGGGCUUCUGAGCCGUCAGCACGCGUGGGCGUGGAGGCUGGCACAGUCGGGACGCCCCGCAGCACCAUGGCCGUGUGAGAUGGGGUCCGCACGGGACUCCCCGGCCUGGGAGGCACUGAGUUUCCCCAAGUCCAGUCUGCUGGACCCCUGAGUGUCACGCGCGAGGACGGAGCCCGACCUUCAAGCUGGCAGGGCAGGUUGGCCCGUGGCCCGCCCCUGAGCGCUGUGUGCACGCGGCCUCACUCACCCGGCAGGAGGGCCGUGCGGGCAGCUAGACCCUGGGGCAGAGCCCACCUGAGGAGCGGCCUGGCUGGGCCCGAGAGCCUGCUGUCCCACUUGGCUCUGUGAAGGUGCAGGUUGUUUCUCCCGACGCCCGGCCUCCUGCUUUCCCUCGGGCGUGUCCACUGUGGAGCACUGGCCCACGCUGGGGACACCCGGCUGGCUCGUCACCAUCUUUCCACAGCUGACUGUCGGGAGCCCCGGGCCAGCGCUCGUGCACCGUCGCAGGUGGAACACGGGUCCUGGUGAACCGCAUGUCGCACCCCAGCCAGACGGCACCUCCGCCCGGGCAGCGCCCUCUGGGGGUGCGGGCACCUUCCUGGGGCCGCUGCGCUGCAGACCCUGUGUGUUAGGGCUCUGGUUCAGCGUUCCCGUGCCCAGUGUGCUCUGGGAGCACA